CUUCCCCCACCGCACGUCAACAAUGGAUGAGGGCAACAUAGUGAACCAGAACCCAAGUUUGCAACAACGGGAACAAGAAAUGUAAUGUGUUCGAUCACUACGAAGGGACUAAACAUCCAAGUGCUAAAAAUGUAUUGCAGUUUCUCCAGUGACGGUACACCUUGGGCAUUUGUACAGCCUUCACAGGCUUGGAUCCGAGUGUUUGGAUUUUGUGCUCAAUGUAUUCAUGCCUUUUUCCAUACCUUAAUGCAAACCGCUAUACCUAGUCUUGUGUAAACACUUUACUGCUAUUCUCUGAACUGUGGGUCUGCAGUCCAGAGCGCGCCGUGUCUGAUUUCACUAGAUAAGGCGCACGGAAACAUCUCUAGUUGAUUCGUUAAUUCUCUCGAAAAGCAUCGACCGGUAAAGUGUCCGUUAGCAUGGCGGACAGGGAGGAACGCCGUUUCGCGGAGGUGCCUCGGGAGUCCGUCAAACUCGUGGCCGAGAGUGCUGGCGUGGAGCUCAGCGACGAUGUGGCAGCCCUUCUGGCGGAGGAUGUGUGCUACCGACUCAGGGAAGCGACCCAGAGUAGCUCUCAAUUCAUGAGACACGCCAAGAGGAGAAAGCUGACGGUCGAGGACUUCAACAGAGCCCUGCGGUGGAGCAAUGUGGAGGCCAUCUGUGGCUAUGGCGCCCAGGACGUCUUGCCCUUCCGUUCGAUCAAGGAAGGGGAGCUGUUCUUCGUUGAGGACCGGGACAUUAACCUGGUAGAGUUGGCUCUAGCCACCAACAUCCCCAAAGGCUGUGCCGAGACGAUGGUCCGAGUAAAUGUUUCCUACCUGGAUGGUAAAGGCAACCUGGAGCCUCAAGGAACAGUUCCCAGCGCUGUGCAGACCCUCUCUGAAGACCUUCUGAAAUACUACCAGCAGAUCACACGCGCCAUCCUGGGAGAGGACCCCCACCUCAUGAAGGUGGCUUUGCUUGACCUCCAGUCCAACUCCAAGAUGGCGGCCUUGCUGCCGUAUUUUGUUUACGUCAUCAGCGGGGUGAAGUCGGUGAGCCACGACCUGGAGCAGCUCAACCGGCUGCUGCACAUGGUGAAGAGCCUCAUCCAGAACCCCUACCUCUACCUGGGCUCCUACGUGCGCAGCCUGGUGUCCAGCGUCAUGUACUGCAUCCUGGAGCCGCUGGCCGCCUCCAUCAACCCCCUCAACGACCACUGGACCCUCCGCGACUACGCAGCCCUGCUGCUCAGCCACAUCUUCUGGUCCCAUGGAGACCUGGUGAGCGGGCUGUACCACCAGAUCCUGCUGUCCCUCCAGAAGGUCCUGUCGGACCCGGUCCGCCCCCUGUGCUCUCACUACGGGGCGGUGGUGGGGCUCCACGCCCUGGGCUGGAAGGCGGUGGAGAGGGUGCUGUACCCCCACCUGCCGGCCUACUGGGCCAACCUGCAGGCGGUGCUGGACGACUACUCUGUGUCCAACGCCCAGGUGAAGGCGGACGGACACAAGGUCUACGGAGCCAUCCUCGUGGCGGUGGAGCGGCUCCUCAAGAUGAAGGCCCUCUCCCUGUCCCAGCCGGCCGAGGGACCCCGGGGCGCCGGCGCGGGCCGGCAGGACCCGGGCCCCGGGGCCCCGGGCCACCGGGCCAGCUCCCCGGGCCUCACCCCCCCGCCGGAGCCCCUGUCGGAGGCGGCGCUGGGCAUCGCCAGCCACCUGCAGGCGGGCGGCGCCGGCUGCCCCUGGGAGGCCUGGAGCCCCGUGCCGCUGCCCGCCAUGUACGGCGAGCUCUACUCCUUCUUCGGGGACAGCCUGGCGGUCCGCUUCAGCACGGGGCCCGGCGCCGAGGGCCGCGGGCCGGGCGGCGGCGGCGGCGGUGGCGGCCGCGGGCCGGGGGGCGUCUCCCCGCCCCGCGCCCUGCCCCAGCUGGGCAUGGCGGCCAAGGACCCCCCCCCCGGCCCCGCCCACCCGGACACGGCCCGCAAGAUGCCCCAGCUCACGGCCAACCUGAGCCUCAGCCCGCGGCGCGACGGGAGCCCCCGCGGCGGCGGGGCCGCCGAGCCCGCCCCCCCCAGCCUGGCGGCCACGGGCCUCAGCAGGCCGCUGGCCCGCUCUUCCUCCUCCUCGGCCCAGCGCUCCCGGGCCUCCUCGUCGCGGCCCGGCCAGCGCGCGGCGGGCCCGUCCCGCGACGUCUUCCCCAAGGCCCGCUUCACCGCCCCGCCGGCCGGGGGCGGCGCGCCCACCUUCGCCUUCCUCAUCGGCGGGCGCCAGAUGGGCCGCCGCUGCCAGGGGAGACGGCCGUUCCUCACGGCAUUCGCCCCGGCGCCACCGCUCCCUUCCCUGCCGCCGCGAACCUACGCCCACAAGCUGCCCGUCAUCGGCAGGGUGAGCAAGCCGGUGCGGCGCUGGGCCUGCUCCCACUACUCCCUCCACCUGCCCCUCUGAGCCUGCAGGGGGCGCUGUGUACAUAGCUCUCAGUUUGAUAGAAUAAUAAAAAAAAAAAACAUGGAAUACCUGGUGGGUAGCUUCUCCU